AUGGGCGGCGCGGGCGGCGGCUGGUCGCGCGAAGCGCCAGCGCUGCUGAGCACGGCGCUGCUGUUGGGCGGCGCGUUGCCCGAGCGCCCGCCCGCACCCCUCUUCACCAUCGACAGCAUCCUGGCGCCGCGCCCGCAUCCGCCGCUGCCACCGCUGCAGCUCCAACACCUGGCGCAUUCGCCGUUCCAUAGAGCACAUGAUCUCUUUGGUACGUUUGCCAACAGUUUAGGUGUCAGCGGUGUUGCAAGUGCAGUGUCAAACGCUGGUGGUUACGCAGGCCUUUACGGUGGGUACGCGGCUGCCGCCCUAGCAGGUCUUGCGGGCCCACCACCCAAACGCAAGCGGAGACACCGCACUAUCUUUACGGAGGAGCAGUUGGAACAGCUAGAGAGCACCUUUGACAAGACACACUACCCCGACGUUGUUCUUAGAGAACAGCUCGCGUUGCGGGUCGACUUGAAAGAAGAAAGGGUCGAGGUCUGGUUCAAGAAUCGUCGUGCGAAAUGGCGCAAGCAGAAACGUGAGGAGCAGGAACGGCUUCGUAAGCUGCAAGAGGAGCGAGCUUGUGGUCGGACGCCACUGAUGGCGCGGCCACCGCUGUCACCAGCACACUCACCAGCGCUCGCGCCGCCAGCGCCUCCCACGCCACGCCCCUACACCGAUGACAGCGACUCCGACCUAGAAGUCGCCUAA